GUUCUUCAUCAUGAGCACCGACGAAACGACAAUAGUAGUGGCAAAAUCAAAGCCAGUAAAAAAGCUCAAGCCUGCGCGGAAGCAAGAAAGAAAGGAGACCCCUCAGACGGGGAAGGAAUAUAAUAUCUGGUACAACAAAUGGGCUGGAGGUGACCGGGAAGACAACUACUCCAACAAAGUAAAAUCGCAAACUCGGUGCAACAUCAAGAAGGACUCAGGCCUGACUCGAGCCAACACGACUGGUAUUCGUUAUUGUUGUCUGUUCUUUGCUCGUGGGUGCUGCCCGUAUGGAUGGGAGUGCGACUACCUUCACACUCUUCCCGACCCUGAUAACGCAUUACCUGAUUCGAGUAAAGAUUGUUUUGCUCGAGACAAAUUCUCGGACUACAGAGAUGACAUGGGUGGUGUUGGUAGUUUCAACCGACAAAAUCGAACGCUAUACGUCGGUCGAAUCAAGGAGACCGGUCCAGGUCCGGAGACAGAAGAUAUUGUUACAAGACACUUCAAAGAGUGGGGCGAAAUUGAACGCAUCCGCGUGCUACAGUACCGUAGCGUCGCGUUCGUGACUUAUGUGUCGGAGUUCGGUGCACAGUUUGCAAAAGAGGCCAUGGCGUGCCAAUCCCUUGACAAUGAUGAAAUCUUGAACGUUCGAUGGGCCACCGAGGAUCCCAAUCCGGUGCAGAAGGUGGCGGAAAAGCGGCGGCUGGAGGAGAUCGGGCAGGAAGCUAUCAAGGCGCGGAUGGACCCUCGUAUUGUUGAUGCCAUGCGGGCCGUCCGUGCAUUAGAGGAUGGGGAUAUAGUGGACGACGAAGGAGAAGUGGUGGAGGACCAGGAAUCUGGCGAGACUGGCGACCCAAAGCCAAAACGGCGGCGGAUUGAGCUGCCACCGCCACAAGAAGCGACGUCAGAGCCACCACCUCAGCCCCUUGGUCUGCUGUCUGCCGAUACAAUGGAAGGUCUCAAGUACUUCGCCGAAAUAAGGAGGCGGAACGGCGUCUCGUUAGCUGUCGUAAGUCCAAAGACAAUACCUCCGAAACCAUUGAUUUCAGGGCUGGGAGUGGCGGACUACGGGAGUGACGAGGAAGAUUGAGAGUUUGUUCAGUUUUCGUUUGUACCAAUCGGUAACUAGACUGAUUUCCGGACCUGGCCAACUGUCCUCAAUCCAGUCAUUUCCACACGCUAGAACCGCAUCAGGAUCUUCUAACUGAUAGCCCUCGAGCGUGAUGAGCGCUCCGACGACUACCCAUCUCUGCCUAAAUAUGUAAUUUGUAACUACCAUUGGGAUAA